AUGGUCCUUACAGGGGCGGACCUGGUCUCAAUGUUCACGGCAACCCACGUCAUCCUCGCCUUAGGAGCAUAUGUGGCGCUCCGAUUUGCUUAUCAGAUUGUGUACUAUCGAUUUUUUCAUCCCUUGGCUGUAUUCCCGGGACCUUUUUGGGGUAGCGUAACCAGACUUUGGAUCGCAUGGCACAACCUGCGUGAGACCGAAGUACCUACGGUCUAUGCACUGACCAAGAGAUACGGACCCGUCGUACGAAUCACCCCGACACUCCUCCUCGUCAGCGACCCCACGAAACUGCCCGACAUCUACCACCGGAAUGCAGACAAGACAGGUCACUAUAUCACCGGGUCGUUCGGUGAGACCGAAUCAUUGUUCAACAUUCGGUCACACAAGACUCAUGCGGCGUUUCGCAAGCACAUUGCGGGUCCGUAUAGUUUCUCAAACGUAAAGCGGAUGGAGCCAUUGAUUGACGCGCGGAUCGACGACUGGUUGAACAAGUUGGGAGAGACAUUCGCCAGCACCGGUGCCAAGUUCGAUUUCUCAUGGUGGGCAGUAUACGUCGCGUAUGAUGUCAUCAGUGAGAUUGGCUUCGGGGCGCCGUUCGGCUUUAUCGAACAGGGUAAAGAUGUUGGAGGUCUCAUCCAGGGCUUCCACGACGGCCUUCCUGCGUUUGGUCUCCUCGCACGUCUCCACCCAUUUACCAGCUGGGUGAAGACAACGUUCUUGAAAAAAUAUCUGGUCGCCAAGCCUGAGGAUAACACCGGCAUUGGUGUGCUGAUGCGCUUCCGGGAUCGACUGAUUGAGCAACGCUUAAACGAGAUCGCUGAAGGCAAAGAUGUUGGUCGUGUGGAUCUCCUACAAACGUUUAUCGAUGCACGCACGGAAGACGGCAAGCCCCUCGACAUGGAUUAUCUGAAGGCCGAAGUCCUGCUGUCCCUCGUCAACCACCUGCUCGUCAACCAGGAAGUCUACGAACGGAUGAUGGAGGAGAUCGACACGGCCAGCCGUAAGGGACUCAUCCCUGACACCAUCCCCCAGUACGACGCUAUCCAGGAGCAUCUUCCAUACUAUGUCGCAUGUGUCCGGGAAACGUUGCGAAUGAACCCGCCGGCGCCAAAUAUCUUCCCUCGUUAUGUGUCGGAACCAGGCAUUGAGCUUUUCGGUAAGUUUGCUCCAGCCGGGACAGAGGUGACCGGCAACCCAUGGAUCAUGCACCGGGACACCGCGCUUUUUGGAGAAGACGCAGAGGAGUUCCGUCCGGAGCGCUGGCUCGACCCGGAGAAAGCCAAGCUGUACAACAAGUAUAUUUUCACUUUCGGAUAUGGCACCAGAGUCUGUCUGGGUAGGGACAUCGCGAUGGAAGAAUUGUUCAAGGGCCCACUGCAGUUCUUCCGUCGAUACACCCCGUCUAUUGCGACUGACAAGCCCUCUGCGAGGUUCGAAGUCAAAGGUGGGAUCGGCUUUUGGCGGGAUAUGUGGAUAACCAUCAACAAGCGACCAGCUGUGAAGCCCCUGUGA